AUGGCGACAAGGUACUCGGAGUACUCUGCUGUUGUAGAAAUCGACGCCUUCUUUCAAAAAACAUCAGCAACACGCUCCGGAUGCGACGCCAGAGCACGGGAGCUUACUGGCGGCAAGGUCGUCCCUGUUGAAGUCCAGGGCGUCUGCAGCUACUCUGUUUAUGCCGGCCCGGAACUGGAAUACGUUGUUCAAUUUCGCCUCGAGUCUCUGGCGCUCAAGACUGAAGUCACUUCUCUAGCGACCGAGAUUUACGGGUCACUUGUACCGACGGUGUCCUUCGAAGGGAAAGUAGGGGAAGAUGGGGAGAAAGAGCCAGUCUACGUCUACCUAAUGAGCCGUCUGCGUGGAAUGACCCAUCUAGACUUUAUUCUCGCCCAUGGCUUCCCGGAACACUCACUCGACAACCUUUCCUGUCGCCGGAAUCUGAUCGGCGAUAUCGCGCACUUCAUGGCUCUGUCUUGGAAAGCCCCUCGGCCAGUCAGCUCAGAGUAUCGUGACACUUUGCGGCAGACUUAUGUUAGGGAUCUACGACUUUUGCAGGCUGCGCUUCCCUCCCGGUUCCGGUCUAUCAUUCAGACCUGUCUCAACUCGAUAGACGACAUCCUAUCUCUACCCAUCGUUCUUCUCCAUCGAGAUUUUGGCUCUUGCAAUAUCAUAGUCGACGAAACGACAUGCCAUCUCGUUGGUGUUGUUGACUGGGCGGAAGCAGAAAUAUGUCCAUUCGGAAUGAACCUGCAUUCUCUCCAGUCCCUAACCGGGAAGCUUCAUCUGCGAAACGGCUGGACGCGAUUCGAGGACUACGACGCUCUACAAGAUGUCUUCUGGGAGAGGUUUAAGCAGGAAGUUGGUGGCUUGUCUGGCGAUCAGCUCCGGACGAUCAAGUUGGCAAGGGCCUUGGGUCUGUUAUUGUCGUCUGGCUUUACUAGCCGUCUUGGGAACGAGCCACGACCAGUGCCGAUUGGCGACGACGAGCAUGGGCGCUACAACAUGAUGUCACUAGAUGGAUUCCUUAUCAAUCCGCAAACAAAGUUCGAUGGUUUGGAGUACUAG